AUGUCCGAGCAAAACGAAUCCAAUGAAGAGGAAUUCAAGUUUUUUGGCCUUGGAGGCUGUAAUGAGGUUGGACGCUCAUGUCACAUAUUGGAGUAUAAGAAUAAGGUAAUUAUGUUGGACUGCGGUAUGCAUCCAGCAUUGAGCGGACAUGCAUCGUUCCCGUUUUUCGACGAGUACGAUCUUUCCAAAGUCGAUAUUUUGUUGAUUAGUCACUUCCAUGUCGACCACUCGGCAUCACUUCCAUAUGUGAUGCAGCAGUCGAAUUUUAAGGGGAAAGUGUUUAUGACACAUGCCACUAAAGCCAUUUAUAGGUGGUUAAUGCAAGAUUUUGUUCGAGUAACUUCAAUUGGAAACUCAAGAAAUGAAAGCGGAGGCAGUGGCAGCGAUGAAGGAGGCAACUUGUAUACCGAUGAUGACAUUUUCAAGUCCUUUGAUCGCAUAGAGACUAUUGAUUAUCACUCAACCAUGGAAAUCGAUGGAAUUAGAUUCACGGCAUACCACGCUGGUCACGUUCUUGGUGCAUGUAUGUACUUUAUAGAAAUUGGAGGUUUGAAAAUCUUGUUUACUGGUGAUUAUUCAAGAGAAGAGAAUAGACACUUGCAAGCAGCAGAAGUUCCUCCAGUAAGACCGGAUAUUCUAGUUAUCGAGUCUACAUUUGGAACAGGAACAUUGGAGCCAAAGGCGGAGUUGGAGAAAAAAUUAACAAGCCACAUACAUGCAACAGUUACAAGGGGAGGCCGCGUAUUACUACCGGUUUUUGCCCUAGGUAACGCCCAGGAACUUUUAUUAAUUCUUGAGGAAUACUGGGAAAAGAAUGAGGAUUUGCACAAUGUCAGUGUUUAUUACUGCUCUGAUUUAGCUAGAAAAUGUAUGGCUGUUUAUGAAACCUAUACCGGUAUUAUGAACGACAACAUACGACUUUCGUCUUCUGGAAAUUCCAAGAAAUCUAAUCCAUUUGAAUUUAAAUACAUUAAAUCGAUAAAGAAUUUGUCGAAAUUUUCGGACCUUGGCCCAUCAGUGGUUGUAGCUACUCCCGGUAUGUUGCAAGCCGGUGUUUCUAGGCAGUUGUUGGAAAAAUGGGCGCCAGAACAAAAGAAUUUAGUUAUUAUGACAGGAUACUCGGUGGAAGGCACGAUGGCAAAGGAAAUACUCAAAGAACCACAAGUAAUACAAUCAUCAACGAACCCAGACUUGAGUAUACCUCGACGGAUAGGAGUUGAAGAAAUUUCAUUUGCAGCACACGUUGAUUUUCAACAAAAUUCAGAGUUUAUUGACAAGGUUUCCCCUUCAAAGAUAAUUUUGGUUCACGGUGACUCUGUUCCAAUGGGAAGACUUAAGUCCGCCUUGUUGAGUAAAUAUUCCUUAAAGAAGGGGACCGAUAAAGAAGUCAAGGUGUAUAAUCCUAGGAACUGCGAGGAACUACGCAUAGCUUUCAAGGGAUUGAAAAUUGCAAAAAUACUAGGUUCCUUAGCCGAAGAACAGCUACUGAUGCUUAAGGCUGAGAUACAGCUGCAUAUAAAUCUGGAGGAAGAAAAGAUUACGGAAGUAGAGGAUGAAGAUGAGGAAAUGAAUGUGGAAGAAGGGGAACAAAAGAAAGACAACGUUUCUGUUGAUACAUUUAAGCCAGGCCAAAUAGUUUCUGGGGUCUUGGUAUCAAAAGAUUUUGACCUCAAUCUUGUGCAAUUACAAGACUUGAAUGAGUUUUCUCAGUUAUCUACCUCGAUUGUAAAGUCCAAGAUCAACUUGAAAAUUUACGCUGACAUUUCCCUAAUGAUAUGGCAUCUCGAACAGAUGUUUGGCUACAUCAACAUAAUUAAUGACGAUGACGAGGAAUGGGAAUGCAUAAUCAUGGACUCUGUGGAUGUUUUUAUUGACAAAUCCAAAGGUCCUGGAUUACAUAUAGUUGUCGAAUGGAUCAAUGAUAAUCUAGUGGCAGACUCACUUGCCGACAGUAUUAUCGCUAUACUCUAUUCAAUAGACUCUUCUCCUGCGUCAGUUAAGUUAACGUCAGCGCAUCACCACCACCAUGCCAAGGAAGAAGAAACGUAUACCACAGACGACGAUAUAGAAGCAAGAAUCAAAAAGGUUCUGUUGUUAUUGAAAGCACAGUUUGGAGAUGCUCUCAACAACUUACCUGAUUAUUCUUCUACAAUAACUAUUGGCAAAAACGUUGCACACAUUAAUUACAGAAAUUUGCAAGUCGAAUGUUCUUCAAAGGUGUUGAAAGAUCGGAUUGAAAACAUUAUCAAAAGAGGUUGCUUGCUAAGUGCUCCAUUGUCGAUACCCUCUAAAAUAAAGUAG